ACGUAACAGCGUGGAGGCUUCAAGAAGAGGAAGAAGAAGAUCCGGCCGUUGCUUCGCUCGCUGGCAACACGGAGUCAAAGCCCGCAUCCUGGUGGUCAAAGUGUGGGGGGGAAUAUGCGCUCACUGGUCGGACUGAUCGCUGUGGUCGUCGCAGCCAGCGUGUACCUGUAUUAUCUGUCGUUGUACCUGCCGGCCGCACCGCGGCGACGUCCUCGUCCGACCGCCGAGGGACGUCAUGAGGAGACUGAGGAGUCCGAGCCACCCAGCAGGUUGAAGUUCCCCUCAGACUUGGAGGAGUUGAGGGAACUAGCUGAGCUCCUGCAGUUCUACAAGACGGAGCACACUGGGUAUGUUCUGCUCCUCUUCUGCAGUGCAUAUCUCUACAAGCAGUCCUUUGCCAUCCCUGGGUCCUCGUUUCUGAACAUUUUAGCAGGCGCUAUAUUUGGACCAUAUCAAGGGCUGCUGCUGGCCUCUGUGCUCACCACUGUGGGCUCCACCAUGUGCUACCUCCUGUCCAAGGCUUUCGGAAAGCGCUACAUCAUCAACCUCUUCCCUGAUAAAGUCUCCAUGAUACAGAGGAAGGUUGAGGAGAACCAGGGCAGUUUGUUUUUCUUUCUGCUCUUCCUGAGAUUCUUUCCCAUGACUCCCAACUGGUUCCUGAACAUGUCCGCCCCUAUUGUCAACAUCCCCAUCACCUUCUUCUUUGGCUCCGUCUUCAUUGGCCUCCUGCCGUACAACUUCAUCUGCGUCCAGGCGGGCGUCAUGCUGUCCGAGGUGGCGUCGUUGGACGACCUGUUCUCCUGGGAGAGGCUACUGCAGCUGCUGGCCAUGGCCUGCGUGGCUCUGCUGCCCGGCGCGCUUAUCCGACGGUGGAGUCAGAAGCGCCUCCACGUGGCCGGCCAAUCGCAGAACGGGUCCGUGGCGGAUAAGAAGGUCCAGUGAUUUGUUCUGGCGAAGAGUGAAUGCGUUUUUAAAGUGGUGUGGUUUUUUUAAAAUCAAUUUAUCAAGUAUUUUGUCAACUGUUGGAGUUUCUGUGCCGCAACUUCCAUGGGCACAGCAUGCGUGCGUGCAUGUGACCUCGCACAGUGUUCAUGUGCAGAAAGGGACAACCGGCUCGAUGUAACGUGCCACCGUGUCACAGUGUCAUGUGGUGAUGGUUUAAAACUUCUACCUCCGUAAUGGGCUGGUGGAAAAGUUAACGUGACAGACUUCUCCUGUUUAAUGUGGAUGGAUGAUUCCGAUUUUCAAAAGUCUGUGUGAAUACUUUGCUGUGUGGGGUUUGCAGCACACGUAUUACAAGAGGAAAGAUGUUUCUUGUUUGACAAUUGCAUUUAGCAAUUCCAGCACAAAUUGUUAAAGUGUUCUUAGACAAAUAUUUCUUGUAAUUUCUCCUCUUGAUCACCCAAUUUAAAUGCAUCAUUAUUGUUUGUGACCAAAUGUCACAAAUGUGAAUGUGCAGUUAGUUUGGGCCGUGUGAGGCCUCUUGUUAAAUCAAGUUUUCAUGCUGCUCCUCUUUUCUCAGCCCCUGUGUCUUUUGUACAGUUAUGGGUAUGUUUUAAAUUCUAGCUUUUUGUAAAUGAUCUAAAAUAUUUUAAGUGCUGUUUACAUUUAUAUUGUCUCAGAUCACAACUGAUGUGCUAUUUUUUUUAAAUUUAGUGGUGAAAGCAACCUAAAAUAUUAUAAAAUGGUAAACAUGAGAAAACAGUUUCUUUUUUCAAAUAUUCUUUAUUGCUCAGAUCCAGGUUGCUCAGCAAUACAGUUCACUCACAACUCAAAACAACAGCAUGGCUGUUACCAGAAAGGCAAUGGAUCCACCAGAUGGAUUCAAAAGGGAUCGAAUGUCUGUCCGGCGCACAGUCACCAAUUACCUUGAGGUGUUUGGGACCUGCAGGUCUGUGGGAAAUGUUGGAUUUGAGGGUUGUAAUAAAAGGAAUCUCCCAAAUGGUGAAAUGCAGUUAAGAAAUGGAUCCAUGUAAAACCACUGCUGAAAGUCUGGUGCUAUAGAGUGUACAAACUGGAUCGCCUACAACAGUCUCAUGCUAUGCUUUGUGUUUUCCCAUUUAACAACAAGACAGUACAAAAAAAAAAAACACUGCU